UCCAUUUGCACACCUUCACUGUGUUUGCAGCUACCCCCACCCUCUCACUCUCCUCCUCCAGCUCUUUCUCCUCCCCCCCUCCCAUCUGCGCCUCACUGGCUUGGCAUUCAGUCGCGUCUUGGCCACCAGAGAGGAAGCUGCAGGUUCUUCACGCACUCCCCAGUGAACGAAAUCUGCGAGUGGCAAAGAUGAUUGGUGCGAUUCCCGGGCUGAUGUUUGCCUUGAUGUCGCUCGACGCGGCCGACAGCUUCAAAUCAUUUCAUUCUGAGCUGGAAGUUUCCCGAAACUUGCAAGAGACAGAAAACGGGCACGGGUUGUCAGUGACGUCACAUCCUUCCCGAGUGUUGUCGCGGAGCGGCGGCAACGCCACCUUACCCUGCACCAUCCACCGGGACCAGUCGCUGGCGCCCAAUCGAAAGAUGAGGAUCAAGUGGACCAAGCUGACCUUCGACUUGCUGACAGAGGUGGAUGUUUUGGCUGCCAUGGAUUACCACAAGAGAAGCUAUGGAAGUUACCACGGCCGAGUGCACCUGUGUGGCUCCUCCCCCUCGGACGCCUCGCUGGUUAUCGAAGACAUCACCCUGGACGAUUACGGGAGAUAUAAAUGUGAGGUCAUCGACGGCCUGGAGGACGCCACGGUGGUCGUGUCGCUCGACCUGGAAGGGGUGGUGUUCCCGUACUCGCCCCGCUUGGGGCGCUACAACUUCAACUUCCAGGACGCCGAGCGGGCCUGCCGGGAGCAGGACGGUGUGGUGGCGUCCCCGCAGCAGCUGCGCGAGGCCUGGCGAGGGGGAAUGGACUGGUGCAACGCCGGCUGGCUGAGCGACGGCUCCGUGCAGUACCCCAUUACCUCCCCCAGGGAGCCCUGCGGUGGCCAGAACACGCCGGCGGGCGUGCGCACCUACGGCCUGAGGAACAAAAACAUGAACCACUACGACGUCUUCUGCUUCACGUCGCACUACAAUGGUCAUUUCUACUUCCUGCCGCACGUGACCAAGUUGACGUACGACGAGGCAGCGGCGGCGUGCAGGCGGGACGGGGCCCGAAUGGCCACGGUGGGCCACAUGUACGCCGCCUGGAAGCUGUCCGGCUAUGACCGCUGCGACGCCGGCUGGCUGGCCGACGGCAGCGUCCGUUACCCCGUCGCCAGGCCCCGCCCACGCUGCAGCCCCACCCGACCGGCCGUCGGCUUUCUAGGAUUCCCAGACAAGAAGCACAAAUUGUACGGCGUGUACUGUUUCGGGCCCGGACGCUGAGCGCCCAUACAACGCAAAAACACACACAUAACACUAGCCGAUUUUCGAUGACUAUUUGGACGCAUUUCGACGACCAAAACGCAACACAAUUUUCAACAAUACAAUUUUCUGUAUUACGGCAAAUCUAAAACGAACGGGCCACAUUUAGCUCCAAAAUCAAAUGUCCAAAAGACGUCUGGUGCUGGGUGGGUUCCACACACACACACAAAAAGAAAAAACGUACAAAAAAACUCGUAUACAAACCCACAUGCUC